CGCAUUUCGAGGGUUGGUGCUUCUUGUUGGGCUUGUCAAAUGCGUGAUACACCAAUAUCAUGUAAGUUGCUGAGUUCGCACAGUCCGCCUUCCUUCCUUCCUACCACCACCGUCCAUGUCCUCUCCAGAGGUUCCCUUCGCGUCCCAAGGACCUCCCAAUCCAGAUCCUAAUGCAGUCAAGAAACGCAAGCGAGGUGCAACCCGGCUAUCUUGUGCGGAAUGCAGAAGAUUGAAGCUUCGCUGCGACCGCGCUAUUCCCUGCGGGUCUUGUGUCAAAAGAGGUUGUGCGGCAAUAUGUCCAGAUGGAUCAUUGACCACAGGCAAAGGCAAUCGGUUUGUUCUUGCAUCGACGCAAGAUCUCCACGAGAAAAUACAAGAACUCGCCAACCGCGUUCGAGAACUUGAAGAUGGUCUUCGGGCAUCACACGCCAUACACUCUGCCGACCCACAUCCCCUUUUGUCGGAGGAUCUUCUGCGCAUCAAAGCACCGAUACAACGUGAAGGUCUCACGAAUACUAACGGAGACUCUUCAACGGCAGACGGCCAGGGCCCCGACGUCGUAGAUUCAUUUGGAUCACUGUCUAUCAGUGACACCGGUAGAACCAAUUACUUUGGACAGGCUACCAGCUCCUGGUAUUAUCUUCACAAUGAGAAAACCGCUCAGGAGGAAGACAGGGACAACCAAUUCGCCAAUCUCCGCAGGAUACUACCGCAGGAGGUUCUUGCGCUUGCGGGUUUCUUCCCCGUCGCCCCGCAUAUCCCUCAUAGCGUUGACGCUGAAGCUGAGCGCAUGGAGCGUUUGCGAAGUCUAUUCUGGUAUCUACCACCCGCCGACGAAGCGGCCGAGCUUCGCCAGAUCUACUUCCAACAUGCGGCGUGGAUGUCAGUGUCCUUGACCCAUACUUCUGACCGAGGCCCUUUGUACUCACGUUACGGAGAUAGGUACAACCCCAUUUCGCUUUCCCAGUUCAACGAACAUGCAUACUAUCAAUUCUACAACCCGAAUGCGGCGCCGCCACUUGACGAUCCUUUGUUAUCGCACCAACUUGCUUUGAUGUUCAUGGUUUUGGCGAUCGGAAGCCUCAUGGAUAUCAAACGACCAGCCUAUAACAUUGAAGCUGAGAAAUAUCAUCAGCUUGCUCGUGCCGCCUUGUUCCAGAGCCCUAUCUUUGAGGAGCCAACUCUACAUGCCGUGCAAGCUUUGUACCUCAUGGCUUUCUAUCUCUUUCUAGCGGAGAGACACGGCACUGGCGUAGGCUCUCGAUGGGCCUUCAUGGGUCUAGCCGUGAAGCUCGGUAUUAGCAUGGGUCUGCAUCGCGACGCUGGUCGGUGGAAGGUAGAUUCAACUGAGAUCCAGCGGCGGAGAGAAGCAUUCUGGGAGCUCUAUUCCUAUGAUCUUCUGCAAUCGUAUACCCUUGGACGUCCCCAAUCCUUCUCCCUCGCGCAUGUCGAUUGUAAGAAACCACACGCCGAAGAUCCAAAUAACGAAGAUACUUUUCAUUGGUGGAAACACCGCUUUACAUCGGAAUGCAUGAACACCGUAUACGAUCAGGCUUUUGGCGCCAAAUUGCCUACGUACAGUACAGUCUUACAACUCGAUCGUAAACUGCGUGCCUUCCCCGUGCCCCCACUCCUACAAAUAGCCGGGUUUGGCAGCACUGAUUCGAGGGCAGGUACGGCUUACGAGAGUGUACCUUUGAUCCUACAACGUCAUGUUGUUUUAGCCGUGAGGGAAUCCAAUCUUCUAUAUAUGCAUCGCGGAUUCUACGCUCGUGCCAUCAGCGAUCAUCCUCGCGAUCCCCUUGGAAGUCCGUACGGAAGUUCUUUCAUUGCAGCUUAUCGUUCUGCUGGAUCUCUCGUCGCCUUGGUCCGAAACAUUCAUUCCCAGCUCAAGGAACUCACCGAGAGGAUGUGGUUCUUAUGGACUCACUUGUUCUCAUGCUCGAUCAUUCUGGGUUCGAUUGUGACAAGAUGUCCGUCAAUGAGUCUGGCGCCAUCUGCGCUUGUUCAACUGGACUCGGCGUGCGAUCUGUUCUCCAAGACAGCACAUCUUUUCCAUGCGGAGAAAGUCCUUGAUAUUAUGAUGGGACUACGCGAAAAGGCUCACAUGUCGCUGUCGCAGUAUCGUAACUCUCCAUCGCGACAGAACUCCCUGUCGUCGGAGCCAUCAACUCCUGCAGAUGACGAAGACGAGCUGGCGCUCUUGGGUGGUAAAACACGUCUGGUGCCCAAGAAAGAGAAGUCAGCCUCGCCACAAAUUCAAGACAGAUCACCGACGUCAUUAAAUCCCAUCGUACCAUUGCCACUCUCGCACCACGAGGACCAAGCCGUGCAUCCAUAUGUUGUAGAAUACCUUAGGACAUUUGUACCGUCUCAGGGCUCAGCGCAGGCCCAAGCUCAAGCCCAAGCACAGGCUCAAGCCCAGGCACAGGCACAGGUUCAAGCGCACCUCCAUGCUUUGAAUUCUCCUGUGUCGCCAUCGUAUGAUCACACAUCGCAUUCAGUUAAUACCUCCCCGAUCUCCAUUCACUCAAACAACUUUGCUUCUGGCUCGGCGUCGUACCCUACUUCGUACCAGCAGCAACAACAACAACAUCAACAACAACAACAAAUGCCACAAUUCCCUCAAUACUUCCCAGUCUUCGACUAUGGGAAUGUCGGCGGUCUUGGGCCAGAGGCCUUUACUGGCAUCUCGACUGAGAAUGACAUUGUAGGGCGGUCGUAUUCACCAGAAACGAAUAUGCAUUCGGCCUGGACAGAUUUUGUUGCACAGAUUAACAUGCAACCUUAAUAUGUACCUUCCUUAUACCACCGCCUUUGUUCUGUUGCUGAUCUCUUCGUUCAGACUUUUACAUUGAUAUAUCCCUUUGGGUCUUGAUAUCCCCCGGUAUUAGUAAUGACAUUGUCGCCCAAAUGUAGACUUCUCACUUGUAUAAUAGUUCUGAGUCUUGGAUCGAGAAAUACUCUACAUACGGUCUUUUGCCAAUAUUCACUGUAGUGCCUUCAAGUUGGUUAUAAUG